CCUCUGGUCUCAGAGUGUGGGAACAGUAACACAGCACAGGCCACAUGGCUUUGUAAUGCUAAUGCUGCUGUAUAAAUACAGGGGGCUGCUCCUCAAACAGACUCACAACUCUUUUUGCCACAGAAGAAAAGCAAGCUGCUCCAGCCUGGACAUGGCACCCCAUUCAGUUACGCUCUCGUCUUUUGACCAUCUUCACUUCAGUGACAAGGACAAAAUGAAGCUGAGGAAGCCAAUUGUCGAAAAGAUGCGCAGAGACCGCAUCAACAGCUGUAUCGACCAGCUCAAGAGUCUCCUAGAGAAGGAGUUCCACAGCCACGACCCCAGCGCCAAACUGGAGAAAGCCGACAUCCUGGAAAUGACCGUCAGCUUUCUCAAACAGCAACGCCAGCAGCAGCAACUUCCUCAGAGGGACUAUAAUGAAGGCUACUCUCACUGCUGGAGAGAGUCUGUCCACUUUCUCACUCUUCACUCCACCGGAGGAGGAUCCGGCCGGGAGCUCCAGCAUCUCCACAACGCCCAGCGAACGAGCGCUGCUAUCGGCUCCGCUCCGCCGGCACCUUCCUCUAAACUGAGCAUGGCCGGUUUGGAACAGCCUGACAGCAGGAGGCCCGUCUGGAGACCCUGGUAGAGAAGCUGUGAACUGUAAAAACCCUGAGGGACAGUCGUAUUAACGUCUCUCAUCAAAGUAGGAGAUUCAUUUCCAAAAAUGUGCGUUCGUGUUGUCAUCAUAUUGAUUGACAAAAACUUUAGACAAACAUGUGUUUGUCAAUAGAAAGAGGUGGAUUUGUGUGCUUCUUCUUAUUUUAAUAGCUCUUAAUGUGAUAUUUGACCACAUGUGAUUACUUAGAUUGUGAUGUUUAUGUUUAUAUAUAUUUUAAUGUAUGAAUAUUUAAAUGAGGCUGACUCCAGUGGAGUUUUCUGUAUCAGAUUUUUUAAAUGAAACUACUUAAAAGUUUUUCAGUAUCUUUGUGUUUGCACUGAGAAUUCUCUAGUUUGUUAGGUAAGGCAUGUUGUACCUUUGAUAAAGGAUCCAGUUUGUUGUCUUGACCAAUGAUGUUUUAAAAAUGAGCUCUUAUGUCAAAUAUUUUCUGCUAAUAAAAUUCUACAUUAUCAAUUAA